CCUUGCUAUAUAUAGUUGUAAAAACCUUCGAAUCGCUCAUACAUACAUGCGGUCGACCUAUUAUAUUAUUUCUUAACCACACACUACAGUUUUCGUUUUACAUAUCGUGUUAAAAACAAUGAACGCUGUCUUGAACUGUUCACUGGUAUGUCAAUUUAGUUGAGGGUAACCUUGUAUUUCCGCUACUUUCGUUUUAUAAUCAGGAAGUAAACAUGGACACGGAAGUUUAAAACUUUACAUAGUUUAUGAACCUAUGAACUCGUGUCACUGUGAAAAAGAAUCAAAUUAUAUAUUAUAAUUACCAUCACUAUCGUCUGAUUGACAAUAUGCCCAAGUUACCACCACCACCUGGCAGGUCUGGGGGUAGUAGGCCUCUACCUCCCAAUCCCUCUGCUUCGGACGAUGGUGAAGCCCCUCCCCCUCUCCCCUCGCGCCCUGCCCCCCACAGAGGGGGCAAACUACCACCAGCACCACCUCCACAAAAUGGACAUUCUAAUUCCGAUGAUGACGAGCAGAACUAUGAGGAGCCAGAAAAGGACUCCCCUCCACCUCCUGUCAUGCGUGGAGCCCCGCCCCCCAUCCCUGCCCCUGAAGAGCAGGAGACCUAUGAUGAGCUGGAGAUCAUGAACGACCAUGGGCCGCCACCCCCUCCACCUCAACCACAACAGGAGUUGAUACAAGAUGAAACAUAUGACGAGUUUGACGUUGAGAAUGAACUGCAGCAGGAUGAACUCUACGAUUUUGAAACAGAGACCACUCAGCGCAUGCCCUCCCCGCCUCUGAUCCAAGAUGAAACAUAUGAGUUUGUGCCAGGCGAGAGUGCCGAACCUGACGAACCGGCCCCUACACCUCCCCCUCUACCGCCCUCUCUGCCGUCCAGGCCAGCACUCUCCAACUACCACUCACACUCACAGGAAAGGGAAUCUGCACCGGAACCUGCACCAGCAAAGCCCAAGACAAAGGUCCCUGAAGGGGUCCAGAUUGGGAUCUCUGCAAACGAUAUUUUGAGUGGUAUCAAUAGACUCAAGUCCGCUCAGAGCAACCCCAAACCUCCGCCUAAACAGGCUGAGUCAGAACCUGCUACAGAAUCCUCUGUGAAGGACCGAAUUAACAUAUUUAAAACAGCUGAAAAAGAUCCUCAACCUGAUUUCAACAAUGACAUUCAAUCCCAAAUCUCCAAUGCAAGAUCUGCCCUUAAGCCUAGGCCAAUGCCACAAGCUCUCAGGCCCCCCUCCCCUGCUAGAAGAACGUCCCCUAGCCGGUCCCUUAAUAACCCCACUCACCCUGCUACUAGUAUAUCAGACAAACAGUUUGAGUUAGAACACGACAGUCAAGGCACCAAAGUCCCAUCCAAAAUAUCUCCCACGCCAACAAAGAAGCUCCCUGCACGACCAGGUGCUGUCCCCAAGCCUGAACCCAUACAGAAUACUGUCCCUGCACCAAUAGACCCAGCAAAGCUGUCCAUUAAACAAAGAAUAGCCCUGAUGAGUGGUCAACCCCCUAUGCCACAACCAUCAACAGAGGUAUCCAUUCCAAGUAUUGCAGUGAUAUCUAAUGAAAACGCUCCUCCACCAUCAAAGCCAGUAACACCCAAAGUUCCCCCAGCACUUCCCAAGAAACCAUCAAAGACACCUCAAUGCAAACAAGGGAACUUGAAUCAAGAACCAGAAGAGGCCCAGAAACCAAGGACAAAUAUUGGCUAUGACAUAGUUCCCAGUAUUGGGAAGGGUCAUUUAAAAGGGACGCCUCCUCCCAUGGUUACUAGGCCUGUUGAAACCAAUAAGGCGUCCCCGCCACCUGUCAAGAAGGCGUCACCGCCACCUGUGAAGAAGGCGCCCCCACCUGCUGUGAAGAAGGAGAUUCCCCCUUUUGUAAAGGAGCCCACAAUCCCACAUGAUGAUGAUGGUGAUAUCUAUGAUGACGCCUCAAGCACUGUGACUCCAAAGGAUCCCCUGCAUGACAAGGAAUGGUUUCAUGGGGAGAUCUCGAGACAAGAUUCAGAAAAAAAGCUGAAAGAAAUCGGCCAGGAUGGGACAUUUCUGGUACGCAAGAGUACGCAAGCCGGUGGUAACCAAAGUAUUCAAUCUGGUGGGAGCCAGCCCUAUACGCUGGUUGUGUUAUUUCAAAACCAUGUGUAUAAUCUGAAAGUGAGGCUACGCGAUGACGGCCAGGUGGCGCUAGGGGAAUUUAAAGACGACGAACUUACCUUCAAAGAUGUUCCUUUACUGAUCGAUCAUCACAAGCGGAAUGAAGUCAUUCUCGUAAACGUAAAAGAAAAGAAGCAGCAUCAAACACUGUUGAAGAAAUUCCCAGUCGCAAUAGUAGGUGUCGACAAAUAGACUAUAGACGACUCCAAGUGACUGGUAGCCUUGUUUGUGUAAAAAAGAAGCACUGCAAAACUUGAAAUAUCGCUACACAUAAAUAAUGGAUGGCAUCAGAACUGUUCUUUUUUUAUUCUGAAGAAUAAUUGCCCAUUUUUAUGCUCACUGUAUUUAUAUUGUGUAAUGUGAUCAGAGUAACAAAUAGUGCUAGAAUUAAGCUUUUUCCAUUUUGUUUAGACCGUGUCUUGUUCUGAGAAAACUGGGCAUAAUGCAUGUGCGUAAAAUGUCGUCCCAGAUUAGCCUGUGCAGUCCGCACAGGCUAAUCAGGGACGACACUUUCCGCCUCAACUUGAUUUUCUGUAAAUAGGACUUCUUUUAAACGAAAAACACCAUUAAAGCAGAAAGUGUCGUCCCUGAUUAGCCUGUGCUCUGGGACAACACUUUACGCACAUGCAUUAUGCCCUGUUUUCCCAGAACACGACACAGACUAAUCUGAGUACUAAGUUAUAUCACAAAGUCGUUGAAAUUAUGGUAUGCCAUUCAAUUGGAAAAUGCCAUAUGCGGGUGGAACUAUAACACAAAGUGCUUGAGCACGUAUUAGGAUUAUCAGGUAACAAUUUUGAGGAUCAUUAUUUGAUGGUGGUGGACUAAUUGCAGAAUUGAAGUAUUUUAUGUGUUGCUCUUACUUUGUUUCCAUAUUCUCACAAAGGAUCCUCAAACAUGUAAAUGUUCUAAUAUCUAAACAUUAUUAGCUUAUUUACCUGGUUUAUUUAUUUACACUGUGGCUUUAUAAGAAUGUUUUAUGUAUUUCAUAGCAAACGCUGUAAGAUUUAUAAUUAUAAAGUAUUUCUCAAAAUAUUUGUCUUUCAGGUUUUGUGACGUUUAAUUUGAGAUUAUUCCUUGCAUAAACAUGAAGGUUGCUAUUUUUAAGAAUUCAAAACAAUUUACUUCAUUACAGUUAAUGCAUGGUAAAUGAAGUUACCUUGCAUCUGAACUGUGUAUCUUUUCAAUAUGGCUAGACUAUACAUUGUUGUUGUUUUGAACAUUUCUAUGCUGUGUUACAUGAGGAAAUGUUAUUGUUAAUUGGAAUUGACAAGUAUGACUCUCAAUGCAUAUUGUGAUGUUUGAUAACAAUGUAUUGAUCUAAAUGUAUAGUUAUAAUAUUUAUUGUUAAAAUGUUCAACCCUUCCUUUCUUUUAUUGAUGGAAAUAUUAUUAACCCUUACAGUGCGGGAACCGAGUUGUGAAGGCCUUUGCAAACAGUUUGG